AUGCAUAACAACACAGACGUGGCCUACAUUAACAAAUCCGAGACCCAGGCUUCAGUCACGUUCAACUACCUCACCCAUGCACAGUUGCUGUGCCUCCUACCUAGAGUUAAUUUCGCUGCAUACGUAGACACGAACAGAGUUAAAUAUGGUGCUCACCUGGCUUCAAGAGUUCCGUCUGGUCAGGUGCCAAGAUUUAUGGAAAGUCAGAGCGCUCUGCGCCUGAAAACAAAAAUUACGCGGGAUUAG